GUUGCGGCGCUUUUAUUCUUUUCCCAAGGGCGCCUCUCCGUCUGUAUCCUCACAGCAACCCUGUGAGGUAUUUACUGGAAAAUGGAUGACGAUGACUUUGGAGGCUUUGAGGCGGCAGAAACAUUUGAAGGGGGAAACUCUGAAUCACAGGCGACUUCUCCUGCUAUUCCUUGGGCAGCGUUUCCUACAGUACCUGAAGCACACACAUCUCACAUGGUUUCUGCAGAGGUUCUCCGGGAGCAGGCUGCAGCUGUGACUUCUGCCUGUUUUGUCCCUGCCAAUCCGUUAACUUCAUUGGAUGAUAUUGUGUCGAAUAACCAACCCUCAUCCAGUACUUUAAAUCUCCCUGAUCUUAAAGAACAGGCUACAAUAUCAGUUGGUUCUUUGGAAGUACCAGUUUCUACUGAGAGUCUGCCUGAAGACUUAAAAACCACUGAUGAUGGUGAUACUGAUGAAAAGCUGGGAAUAAAUGACUCAAAGGAUCAUCUUCAAAAAACACUUGCAAAUCUAGAAGUUAAACUAAAAGUAGCUGAUGAAGAAAAAUGUAAAAUAAAAAAGGAGUUAGAAGAUUUGUUGGAAAAAUACAGGGUUCUGGAAACCGAUUUCCUGAAAAACAAAGAGGAUAAAUUAAUUUCACACCAAGAUAGAUACACCAAGCUCCAGGAGAAGCAUAAACUUGAACUGGAAGACAUGAGAAGAACUGGACAUGAGGCCUUGGCUAUCAUUGUGGAGGAAUUCAAGGCCUUACUGCAGUGCACGGUCCAGCAGCGGGAGGAAGCUGUUGAAAAACAGUAUGUAUCUGCAGUGGAGAAACAAGCACAUAAAUGUGAAGAACUCCUUAUUGCUCAGCAUCAGAGGCUGCUUGAUAUUUUGAACAAGGAGCGUGAAGCAUUAAAGGAAAAAAUAGAAGAAUCAUUGAUGAAGCAAUUGCAGGAAUAUAAGGAAGUGCUGGAUAAGUGUAUGGCAGAUGAAAGGCUGAGAAAUCAGGAGGCUUUGGCCACAGCUGCAAAGAUUGAAAAAGAAAACAUGCAAGCUGCCAUUCUGAUAGCAGUGAAAGAAGAAAGGGGAAACAUGGAAAGGCUUCAUGCAGAAGAAAAGGAACAAUGGCAAACAGAGCAAAGCAAAGAUCGUGAAAAGAUUGCUCAAGCAGUUGAAGAUGCAAUGCAAGAGCAAAGGCAAAGCAGUCAAGAGACUAUAAAGGCAGCAAUCAUAGAGGAACAAAAGAAAAGUGAAAAAGCUGUAGAAGAAGCGGUGAGGCAAGCAAAGGAAGAGUUGAUGGAGUAUAUCAAGGAGCAGAAAAGGCUUGAUCAAAUGAUGCGUCAGCGUAGCCUGUCCAGUUUGGAACUGUUCCUCUCCUGUGCACAGAAGCAACUGAAUUCUUUAUUACAAGAAGAAUCCACGACUGCAGCUGCAGAACUCGCUGGCCUUCCCCUUUAAGCUAACUUUAUGAAGCUACCAGUCUUGAUGCAGCCGGUUAUUGAUUCAGGAUCAAUGAGGUGGCCUAAUUAGUUAUCCUUGUAUGUUUUCAAGAUCAGUCUCUUUUCAGCUGUGAAACCAGUAGCCAUGAAAUCUAAUCUAACAGUACAGUCAGUGAUGUUGAGGGUUACAUGGAUAACCUGGCUUGGUACAUUUUCAGAGUGGCCCAAGAAUGUGCCAGUUGACAAGAAUGUGUUGAUUUUUUUUGGGUCAUGUAAUAUUUUUAUUAAAACUAAUGCACAAAACAGAUUCCUUAAUAAUCCCCAUUUCAUUCAGACAGAAAUUUGUUAUGUGCAUACAUAUUCUGAUUAUAAAAAUUCAAAAAUGUAUAAGAAACAUAUUAGUGUGACAUAUUAUCCUUACCCUUGUCUCCCCAUUUCUGGUUGUGCACUAUAGAUUACUUGAGCGGAAUGGGGCAUGUCCUCCAGUUUUGUAAUUCUAUCAAGUUACAAAAUUUAACUCCCUGUACACUCUGAUGGGAAGUAUGAAUAAUAUUAAAGAUAUUGGCAUUUAAGGUAGUUCAUGGAAGACACAUGUUUAACAUAAAAAAGUGGCUUUUUUAUUCCUCUCUGCUGAAAGUAGUGGUUAGCUUGCUGGAAGAUCAUACAACUGCACAGCUUUAACCACCCAUCUAUAUUUUCUCAGGGGUCACCCUAUAAAACUGCUCUAGUCCAAUCAAGGCAAUAACAUCCUCUUAAGUUUUUACAUUGCUGUUCUCAGCCAAUGAGUGACUCAGAAAUCUAUCCAGCCUAUAACCCACUUGCAAUAGGUUUCUUCAGGCUUCUUCCUGAAAAUUCUAACUCCUGGCUUCUGAUUUUUUGUUCACUUCCAUUUGUCUCACUGUCUCCUGACUCCAUCUCUUCAACACCUGAAGGAAGCAGAGUAGAAAAUCAGCACGCCAACAUUUUCUGUGACUUCAGGUCACAGAGAGUAUCAAAUGCUAUUUCUUCUUCUUUUGAAUGUACAAAUUCUGCUCUUCUUGUUUUUCAAAGUAUUGCCUGGGACAGGUCUCCUCUAGUUGGGAGCAAAGGAAGAAGAGACAGCCUUCAGGCCCAGUGGCCAUGUCCUUUACACCAACCGCAUGGGACAGGGCAGGUGGACUGUGAAGACAGAUACAGCACAGUGGAAAAACACAGGCACAGCCUAGCCAUCACCCUUGGUUCAAUUCCUAUAUGGGGAGAGCCCCCAGGCAGUUCAGCUCAGAACCAAUUUGAAAAACCUAAGUGUUCAAACUCCUUGAGUGGAAUCAUACAUGCCUGUUAAUUUAGGGCCAUAAAUAUAUUUAUCACCAUGUUGUAUACAUGUACAAACUUGCUUUUCAUGUCAAAUAGAUUUUGUUUCCAAAGUGGAAAAACUUGCUUUAACUGCUGGAAAAAAUGUUAGAAAACACAUUAGGCAUUAAGGUCAACUGAAUUGUAGGAGCUGAUCUUGGAUGUCUGUGUGGUUCUUCAAAGAUAUUGGCCAGGGUCCAGUGAGCUCAUACAAGCAUGCCCAAGAACUUUGGCACACCCAUUAAGAUUUUUGACUUUUUUUCCUCAAAGAAAGUCCCCUUUGUUUCAAAAGCAGCUUGCCAUAAGGUAGUAGAGCCCUAGUGUUCCAUAAACUCAAGGUCUACAUCCCUCUUAAUUACAUGGAACUGGUUGUGUGGUUUUUAAAAUCUUGACCACUAUUGUGCACAAACAUAUUAAGCAUAUAGGAGAUUCUAAAAUUUGGAAACAAUAAAGUUCCAACUGCUUAAUUUUGCAAUGCAUAACAUUUACCAAAAGGAUCUAAGUUCACAAAACAAUUGUGCUAGUAAAGCUACAAGAUUGGACUCUUAGUUCACAGAAUCAAAUAGAAUGAAUUUGAAGGCAUAUGGAAAAUUCCUAAUGUAUUCUCAUAUGUAUAAUAUCUGGGAAAUCAGUGCAGAACUAACGUUUUAACUUGCUAGCCACCGUGUUGGCCUUUAUGAGGGCAGAAAUGUGGAAUAUAAAUGUUGUUAAUAAUAGUAAUGUGAUUAUAAAUAGCCUUUUAGCAUUCAUUUAUCUGUCUUUAAAGUCUUUCAUAUAAAUGUAAGUGCAUUUUGCAAUAAAUGCAAUUACAAGUG